AUGGCCAAACGAACGAAAAAGGUCGGCUUGACCGGCAAAUAUGGCGUGCGUUAUGGAGCUUCAUUGCGUAAACAAAUGAAGAAGAUUGAACUGCAGCAACAUGCGAAAUACAUGUGCCCUUUCUGUUGCAAAAAUUCUAUAAAGUGGAAGGCAGUGGGAAUCUGGUAUUGCAAGAGCUGUAAUAUGAAGAUCGCGGGGGGCGCCUGGUCUAUCACUACCCCCGCAGCCAAUGCCGUUAAGUCAACCAUAGUAAGGUUGAACAAGCAAAGGCUGGAGUCGGCGUAA